AUGCAUCCCAGGCUUAUAAUUCUCAUCCGCCACGGUCAAUCCGAAGCUAAUGUCGACAUAACCAUCCACCGCACCGUCCCUGACCACCAAAUCAAUCUCACAGAGCUCGGUGUCCAGCAAGCGACUCGAGCUGGUCAAAAAUUACUUGACCUGCUAAGACCUGAUGACAAUGUACAUUUUUAUAUUAGUCCGUAUUCGAGGGCUAGACAGACUUUUAAGCAUAUGGCUAAAGCGUUAGAUAGAAAUCGAUGGAGGUGUUAUGAAGAGCCGAGGCUAAGAGAACAAGAUUGGGGUAAUUUCCAGUUUCCUCCCGAAGAAAUGAAGAGAAUUAAAAAAGAGCGAGAAAAAUAUGGUCAUUUUUUUUAUCGUAUACCAUAUGGUGAGAGCGGUGCAGACGUCUAUGACAGAAUAUCUACUUUCCAAGAGACUCUUCACCGCGCCUUUGCCGAACCCGAUUUUCCCUCAGUUCUCGUCAUAGUAAGCCAUGGUCUCCUUGUUCGCCUGUUCGCGAUGCGAUGGUAUCACUGGUCAGUUGAAUAUUUCGAAUCACUUGAGAACCUACACCCGUGUGAAUUUGUCAUUAUGGAGAAGGCUCAGGAUUCGAACAAAUAUAAAAUGCUGACUGAAUUUAGACAUUGGCGAGAAACAACAGAAACGCAUGAGGUAACAAGAACUUCUGAAAGAUGUUUCAUGGACGGUUGUGAAGCGGCAAGUAAAAAUGGUGUCACUGAGGAGCAUAAAUAUAAUAAGAAUUGUCAAACGGAAGAAGAUUUUAUGUAG